AUGGCUCUUCCAUCCUCUUACACCAAGGAUAAAAUCGGAGAAUUGGCUUGCACUUAUGCUGCUUUUAUCUUGCACGAUGAAGGUAUUCCUAUCACUGCUGACAAGAUCAAGGACUUAGUCAACGCUGCUAACGUUGAAAUGGAACCAUUCUGGCCUUCAGUCUUUGCUAAGUUCUUCCAAAAGAAGCCAGUUUCUGAUAUUUUGGCCAACAUUGGAGGAUCUGCUGCUUCUGCUGGUCCAGCUGGUGCAGUUGAAUCAAGUGCUACAACUGCUGCUGCAGAGGAAAAGAAGGAAGAAAAGAAGAAGGAAUCCGAAUCCGAGGAUGACGCUGAUGCUUUCGGUGGUCUCUUCUAA